GCGCUCAGUGAGCUGACGGAGAGGGACGCCGCCCAGCAGUAGACGCCGUCUCAGCCGCUCGAGCCGCAGUCGCCGCGGUGUGUGAGUGAGCCCGGAUCCGGUCCCCUCUCCCGCCGCCGCCAUGGGCUGCACGUUGAGCGCCGAAGACAAGGCGGCGGUGGAGCGGAGCAAGAUGAUCGACCGCAACUUGAGGGAGGACGGGGAGAAAGCGGCCAAAGAAGUAAAGCUGCUGCUGCUUGGUGCUGGAGAAUCUGGUAAAAGCACCAUCGUGAAACAGAUGAAAAUCAUUCAUGAGGAUGGCUAUUCAGAGGAAGAAUGCAAACAGUAUAAAGUAGUUGUCUACAGCAAUACUAUACAGUCCAUCAUUGCAAUCAUAAGAGCCAUGGGACGACUGAAGAUUGACUUUGGGGAAGCUGCCAGAGCAGAUGAUGCCCGGCAAUUAUUUGUUUUAGCUGGCAGUGCUGAAGAAGGAGUCAUGACUCCAGAGCUAGCAGGAGUGAUAAAACGAUUAUGGCAAGAUGGGGGGGUGCAGGCUUGCUUCAGCAGAUCCAGGGAAUAUCAACUCAAUGAUUCUGCUUCAUAUUACCUAAAUGAUUUGGAUCGAAUAUCUCAAACCAACUAUAUUCCAACUCAGCAAGAUGUCCUUCGGACAAGAGUGAAGACCACUGGCAUUGUGGAAACGCACUUCACCUUCAAGGACCUAUACUUCAAGAUGUUUGAUGUAGGCGGCCAAAGAUCAGAACGAAAAAAGUGGAUUCACUGUUUUGAGGGAGUGACAGCAAUUAUCUUCUGUGUGGCCCUCAGUGAUUACGACCUUGUUCUGGCUGAGGAUGAGGAGAUGAACCGAAUGCAUGAAAGCAUGAAACUGUUUGACAGUAUUUGUAACAACAAAUGGUUUACAGACACUUCAAUCAUUCUCUUCCUCAACAAAAAAGACCUUUUUGAAGAAAAAAUAAAGAGGAGUCCAUUAACUAUCUGUUAUCCAGAAUACACAGGUUCUAAUACAUACGAAGAGGCAGCUGCUUACAUUCAGUGCCAGUUUGAAGAUCUGAACCGAAGAAAAGAUACCAAGGAGAUCUACACUCACUUCACGUGUGCCACAGACACCAAGAAUGUGCAGUUUGUUUUUGAUGCUGUUACGGAUGUUAUCAUUAAAAACAACUUAAAGGAAUGUGGACUUUAUUGAAGAGUGUAAUGUUAGUAAAAGUUAUUACAGUGUGGAGUGUUGAGACCAGACUUCUUUGCUGUCUCAUGGGACAGCUGCAAGCAUGAACGGGACCAAGGAAUGGCAGCAGCAUGCAGAAUCUUAGCAUUCUUUAGCACAACCUUCUGUAUUAGGGAACUUUUAAUUGACACGAAAUGAUAAAGUCAGACAUUGGAAUUGGAGCAACUGUAAAAUAUGAUUCGAUCAUCAAGCUGUCACUUGGAUUUCAUAAUCUCAAAUGUUAGGGCAGAUGUGAAGUUGAGGUGCUGCAUUCCAGAACUUCAAUAUGUGGCUUACUCUUUUUUUUCCUCCUUCUUAACAAACCACCAGUAGUUCCUUUUUAAAGUUUUUUUUUCAUCAAGAGAAUAACUUCGCUAAAUUUUAUUUCUUUGUUUGCAAAAGAAUCUUUAUUAAAACACAAACAUUGUAAACUAUGCACAUGAUGUGAACCAGAUCAUCUUGAAAAUAUUCCUCUUAGUAGGAACUCUUUGUUUUUAACUCUUGGUAUGGUCAAAAUACAAUAUUUCCCUAAUUGCUUAAAAUUCUUUCCAGUUCUUGGGGCUAUAAUUAUAGCUUUUUUGGAUGAAAUGUACGUUACUAUCCUGCUCAAAGUGCUAUUAUGGUUUCUAAACAGAAAUUACACUGAAGGGUUCUGCAAGAAGAUUCUAGCUCUUUUUUUUUUUUUCUUUAAGCUUGUGGUUGAAGAUUAACCUGGUUUAUGCUGAUUACCAAAUUACUAGAUAAAUACUGAUACAGUAUGAUAAAGCCAGCUUCUUGGGUACAGACACCCAGAGCAGCUGCCAAUUAGAAAUGCAAAUUGCUAAAUUCCAAACCAACGACUUUGCUGCUACAUAACUACUAAAUUGACCGCUUUGAUUCUUGUGUGUUUGUCUCAGUCAUAGGGAAUUUUGUAAAAGGUGCCCCUUGUUUUCCAUCUUCCAUGGCCUUUUCUGUUGGGAGACAUCUAAAGUGUAUUAACAGUGCAUGCUUUGAAUAUGUAAAUGUGGUGCCAAAUCCCUGUUUGCCAUUGUUUUUAUUGUAACAAUGUUAACUGUAGUAAUUCUUAGUCAGUAUGUUCUUUUGCUGAAACUGUUGCAUUUUGGGACUUCUUUCCACUUUGUCAUGUGUACAGAUUUUAAACUGUUAUAGUUGGCAGCAGUAUUAAAAUGGUGAGUAAAGAGUCCAGGUUUGCUCCUGUUUGUAACUAGUCCUUUCUGGAAGUAUUUUCUUCUGUUCCUUCUCGCCCCUACUGAGUGUGCUUUAGCCUUUGUCUAAGAAUGGAUUUAGGUAGAAGGGUUCCCUGAAGGUCUAGUCCUUUGGUGUAAUAGUAUUGUUGAAUCUUGGCCUAAGACUGAGGGUGUUCUGUCAUAUCUGUGUAAGUGAUACGCAGUUGUAAUCCAUUUUCCAAAUUUACGUUUUGUUGUGUGGAGAGCUAUAUUCACUUCAGCCUACAGGUCCUUUUGUGCGAUGUACAGCAAAUGUCAUUAAAUAUUGAAUGGUCUAUUGGGGGAAGACAAAAGAAUGCAUUUUGAGCGUUUCAAAGCAGUAGUUUGAGCAGUGCCUUUUAGAGUCCAAUCUUUUUGAGUUGGAUUCUGUUUCAUCUUUUGAUGCAACUUUUCACUAGUUAGAAAAAAAACAACAAUAGUUGAUGGUCACCAAAGCUGCUUCAUAAAGCAAGCCACGAUAGUUCAGUGCCUUUAUUGGUAAUUUUUCUUUUCUUAUUCUUUUUUUGGAAAAAGAUAGCUAUGCAGAUGGUAUAGCUGUAUUAUCUAACAAAAAUUUUUUUAAGGGUGGGAAAACUUGAUCUGAAAGAAAGAAAAUUAUACAUUUCAGUUACUGACAUGCCCAAUAGGGUUGAUAGUUCUUAUUUGUUCAUUUUGAGUAUAUCUUUUCCUUAUUGCAUUCUGUAAUACAGGAUCAUCUGGAAAUGAGAACUGGUGGAAUAUUGUUUUCAACUGUAGUCUUUCUAUACUCUGGUCUAAUGGAAUGCUGUUGCUGAUAAUCCGAAAUAACAGAUAAUCCAAAAAAGUUAAUUUUACUUUGAAAUGCAUUUUGUAUUUUCAUUUGAAUAUGUACAUCUGGUAUGUUCAUUGUUUCAGCCCUUCUUUAAUGAAAAAUAGUAGUUCUCUCUACACAAUUUACAUUUGCUCUAUAUUUAUAUGAAGACCAUCCCUACCCCACCAUCCCAAAUAACUUACCUGAAUGCCCAUUACUUGAGGACACAGGGAGGCAGUUUAAGUCAGUGGUUCUCAAAUAUGACAAGUCAGAAUCACCUGGACGCAUCUCGGAGAUUGAUUCUUGGCUGGUGGGCUUGCAGGCUAUAUAUAAUUUUUUAAAGAUGAUUCUGAUCAUCAGCCAGGUUUGCAAAUCCCUAAUUUAUAUUUUGAAAUAAAAGAUCUUAUAGCAGAGCCAGAAUGUGAGGAUGAAAUGUCAAAUCUACUAGCCUGGUUUCAGAAAAGGCUUUGAUGUUUAUAGUCAAAGAGGCUAAAAGCUGCCUUGGAUAUUUUCUGUGGAUAAUGCUGGAGAUUUGUGAUGAAUAAUGUUUUCAGAAUUCAAGUGGCCAGCUGUUGGACCAUCUAAGAAGUCAGCACAUCCAAAGAAAUGAAAGUUUAAUGAAUAAAGAACAGUAAAUAGACCCUUACAGGAAAGACUGCAACAAUAGCUUUGUUUUGUUGACCAUGACAUCUUUUCCACCUGAUUAAAACCUUGGGCCAUAAAGUUGCCACCCAUUGGCCUCUAUGUGGAGCCCUGGGGCGCAGUGGUUAGGACUCAGCUGCUAACCAAAAGGUCAGCAGUUCGAAUCCACCAUCUGCUCCUUGGAAACCCCGUGGAGCAGUUCUACUCUGUCCUGUAGGGUCACUAUGAGUCGGAAUCAACUUGAGGGCAGUGGGUUUGGUCUCGGGUUUUUUAGUCUGUAUGUAGAGAGGAAUUAUUCUGUCCUUAACAGCCAAUCUUCCCUAAGCUUAUAGAUUCAACCUUGCAAUAGAUUUCACCUUUUGGCAUGAAAAUUGCAAGAAUCUUUACGGUUAUUUAAACAUAGCUCUUGAGAUGACAUUUUCAUCUUGGAGAAUUUGAAUUCUAAAUCUCUAGUUCAGUGUAUCAUUUUAUGAUUAUUUCACUGAUGGAUUGUUAUUUUUCACAAGGUGCUGCUUAUUUCUGUAAGAAUAGAUUAACCAAAUUUUUGGAAAAUGAUUUUCUUGCCUUGUUUAUUUUUUAUUCUUGUUUGUAUUCUAUUUGUGUUUUAUUAUAUGCACGUUUUGGAGUAUUUAAAAAAACUGCUAGUCCUUCUAAUUCAUUCACUCACCUUAUGUUCUUAUGUCCUGUUCUCUUUUGUAGCUGUGAUUUUCUAUGGACAUUUGCUUAAUGCUUGGUCUGUUCAGUCACUUCAUGUAUUUAUCCACUUGCUUAGUAUUUGUGUCAAAUUUCUGGGGUUUCCUGUUGCAGGACUUCUUGUUGUCUUGUCUCGGCAGUUGCGUAUUUAAAGUCAGUCUCUUAUGGCAGUUAACAGUCUGCCUUUGAUUCUUUUUCUUCUAGGUGUUCAAGAAAUCACAAUCCUCAUUUGUGCAGAUCUCCAAUAGCACUCAUUUCCUUCAGUGUUAACUAGUUUUGAAAUCUUUCUUUGUCAUACAUAAUACUUUAGGAACAAAGUUAUCUUGGUUUUCCAGUACUGCCAGGUAAUUAGGCUUCAUAGUACAAGUGAGAGUUCUGAUCGGCUCCAGCCAGGGCUCUUCACAUAGCUUUAUGGCCGUCAUAUUUUGUUAAAUUGCCUCCAGCAAGCACAAGAGAAAAGCAGGCUGCCUAGAGGCCUGACUUGCUAUCCACUACCAGGAAGUAAGAGGUUUAGGGAGGCACUGGAGAACUGACUUCCAGGAUGGUCGAAGUCUUUGUUCUUUUAUCUUUCUUUAGUUUUUAAAAAUAUUUUCUUUUUCACAGUUUUCUCAUUACCCUUUAAGAGUUGCUUCUGCUGAGGAUGGCAUACUUCAGAAAAAGUCUGGAUAGAACACUUUUUUCUGGUACCAUGUAAGGGCUGUGCUGGCCUGACUCAACUCUUCUCAGAAAUAAGAGAUAGUAGGGAAUGUUAUACAGCACCGCACACCUGGGUGUUUAACAGCAAGUUUAUAGUUUAACAAAUACAGACUCCCUGGCUAAGCCCUACUAAAUUAGGAUGUCUGAGACAAGUCUUGGAAAUCUGUAUUUUUAAUAAAUUCUUCACGUGGUUCUGAUGCAGCCAACCUGAGUCAUCUGGGGGUAACUGAAUAGGACCUAAUAUUAGAGAUCAGCACAUACUAAAAAUCACUUCAGUGGACAGAUAACCUCAAAAUCACUAGUAAAUGACUUAGUGAGUGGUUUUUAUUUGCCAAUAAGAAGAGCACCUUUUGUACAUGAUUUAGUUAAGGUGCAUUCCACCAAAAAAAUUAGUAUGAAGGCUGUUUGGUUAAAGAAACGUAUCUACAUUUUAAUUGCAAAGUCGUUAGUUUUUAUACAAAAGACAAAACAAGAAACUUGGGGGUCUCUAAACAUUUAUUUUUAUUCCGUUUAUUUCACUGCAUUUAUUUAUGUAGUGAAAAUUGAAAGAUAACACAUACCACAUUAAAGAAUCCUGUGACAAGUGACUGUAUAUGUAAUAAUAUGAUUAUUCAUUUAUAAUUGGUGAUAAAGAGCAAAGCUGGCU